ACUGGCGAGGUGCGGGGUGGGGGGGUAGGAUGAUCCGGCGUCGCCAUGGCAACUAGGCCGGUGGUCUGCCCUGUAGACCCGGGAGGGAAGCCAGCAGAGAGCGGCGGAGCGAGGCUCCGCGGGCUGAGCGCGGGGGCUCGGGUCUCCAGGGAGGAGUUGGGGAACACCGGGCUGUUCUCGCUGAGGGUUCCUGGUGGCGCAGGUUGUCCGUGUGUUUGCGAGCGUGAGUCUGCGAAGUUCUCCGGGACUGCCGGACUCGGCGCUCUUCUCUCCGGCCGCCCUGGGAAUCGCCGGCCGCCACCGCCCAGCCCGCACCCGCUGGCCCCCCAGUGCUUGGGCACCUGUUGGAGGCGCAAAGAUAGCUAGGGGUGCUUCAUGAGGGGCCGCAGGGGCGACCGCAUGGCCAUCAACAUCCAGGAGCACAUGGCCAUCAACGUGUGCCCGGGGCCCAUCCGGCCCAUCCGCCAGAUCUCCGACUACUUCCCCCGCCGGGGACCCGGCAUCGAAGGGGGUGGCGGGGGCUUCGGAGAGGCCCCUGCUCAUCUGGCCCCCUUGGCCCUGGCCCCCCCGGCGGCCCUCCUUGGGGCCACCACGCCCGAGGAGGGAGCCGAGGUGGACAGCUACGACUCGGAUGAUACCACCGCCCUGGGCACGCUGGAGUUUGACCUUCUCUAUGACCAGGCUUCCUGCACUCUGCACUGUAGUAUCCUCAGGGCUAAGGGCCUCAAGCCCAUGGAUUUCAAUGGCCUGGCUGACCCCUAUGUCAAGCUGCACCUGCUGCCUGGAGCCUGCAAGGCCAACAAACUAAAAACUAAGACUCAGAGGAACACGCUGAAUCCCGUGUGGAACGAGGACCUGACGUAUAGUGGGAUCACGGUUGAUGACAUCACGCACAAGGUGCUCAGGAUCUCCGUCUGUGAUGAAGACAAGCUGAGCCACAACGAGUUCAUUGGGGAGAUCCGAGUACCCCUCCGCCGCCUCAAGCCUUCACAGAAGAAGCAUUUUAAUAUCUGCCUCGAGCGCCAGGUCCCGGUCUGUGUGGGGCGGUGGGGUACCACGGCAAGGGGGCCCAGGGGAGACCAGGUUUCCAGAACUUUCUCUCCACCCCCUCAGCUGGCUUCACCCUCUUCCAUGUCUGCGGCGCUGAGGGGCAUCUCCUGUUACCUGAAGGAGCUGGAGCAGGCGGAGCAGGGGCCGGGGCUGCUGGAGGAGCGUGGGCGCAUCCUGCUGAGCCUCAGCUACAGCUCUCGGCGCCGCGGGCUGCUGGUGGGCAUCGUGCGCUGUGCCCACCUGGCUGCCAUGGACGUCAACGGCUACUCCGACCCCUAUGUCAAGACGUACCUGAGGCCGGAUGUGGAUAAGAAAUCCAAGCAUAAAACAUGCGUGAAGAAGAAGACUCUCAACCCAGAAUUUAAUGAGGAAUUCUUCUAUGAUAUGGAGCUCUCCACUCUGGCCACUAAGACUCUGGAAGUCACAGUCUGGGACUAUGACAUCGGCAAAUCCAACGACUUCAUCGGUGGCGUGUCCCUGGGGUCAGGCGCCCGGGGAGAGGCCCGGAGGCACUGGAGCGACUGUCUGCAGCAGCCGGAUGCAGCCCUGGAACGCUGGCACACUCUGACCAGCCAGCUGCCCCCCGCGGCCGGGGCUCUGCCCUCAGCCUGAGUGGCACGGUGGCCCCUUGGGGCCGGGUCCAGUACCCAACCUUCGCACGAGUGUGUUGCACGUUUACACGGGGUGGAGGCCCCGCCCCGCACUACCUGUCUUAUUUCGUGAGAGUCUCCGUGACCGUGGGUCUGUCUUCUUGUGAGGGACUGUGGAGAUCUAUAUUCACAUAUGCAAACUUCCUUCUGCCUGACUCGCUACAACCUGCAAAUAUGCAAACCACCCAUCCUGAGCACACCUGCGGGGGGUCCCACAGAGCCCAGGGCCCUGGCUGCCACUUCUCUCUCCUGCCUCUCCAGGCUGCCCGUUCCCCUCCCCUGCAGGAGGAGGUCGGAUUAGGGGGGGUUUGGAGGAGAACGUUUCCAAAAAAAGAAAAGGACAAAAAACAAAGAGCCACUUCUUUAAUACACAAUCUUCAUUUAAAAAACACCACACACACACACACACACACACACACACACACACACAAAUACCUAGCCCUGUACAGCUGCCCUUUUAAGCGGGGGGCCACUGCAGGGUCUCUGCCUCUCUGAGAGGUGACGGAUGGCCCUGGCCACUCCUUUAAAUAACUGUCCUCUGGAUCGGGCUGGGAUGUGAGGGCAGGGCCCCUGCCCUCCCUGGAGAGGGCCCACCUUCUGGGGGACAUUCGUGCAUGUUUACGCCUUUUCUGAUUGUGUCCGUGGCCGCAGCAUGGCAACUGGGCAUCAAUAAACUUCUCUGCGGAA